AUGAAUCUAUUUGAGGCCUAUUCACAAGUCUUCCUCGCCUCCACCGAGCACACCAAACGAAUGAUUGAAGCCAGAAGAAGCUUAUCUCAAUUGCCAAAGAGUGACUAUCAGCUACCAGAGAAUUGUAAUGAAGACGGGCCGCUGGUUGUGAGAUUCGUCGCCGAGUUGAACGUCACGGUCGUGAUGAGAAAGUUCAAAAAGCCGAUCCGAACGAGCCGACAACCAAAACCCCGGAAAUACGCGACAAGAAGCUCACCGAGAAAACAGACCGUCCAAGUGAAAGUGGAGGAAGAAGCCGCGAAAUCGUCAACAAAUGAGGAACCGGAGAGGCCGAUUGAGAAUGUGGAAGCGCUGAAGUCCAAGAAUCCUCGCGGGACGAAGCGGGCAGCCACGAACAGGAGAAGCUCUUCGAAUGGUCCCAGCACUUCGCCCAAGCGUCCAAAAGAGGAACCAUGUGAGACUCCGAAGAAGACCUAUUCUGAGGAAAUUCAGAAAAUCAUCGCCGACGCAAAGGAAAUGUCAAACAUGGGAAAGAGAACUUCAGCGAGGAGAAAAUCGACUGCCAAUAAAACACUAGAAUUCUCGUGC